AUGGAGCCUAUGGCAAUUGGCAACACACCUGGCCCUACAUGUCCGGACCGGCAGCUGAAGCAAGGAACGGAAGAGAAUACCGCGAAGAUUCAGUUUGUGCGACGGGAAUUGGUUGAAAUGACAACGAAAGCCAGUUACGCAAGGGCGGCGGACAAGACACCGCGCGGACAUUGCAUCGGAGGGCUUGUGUUCGCCACCAACCGACCCAUGGAAGUAGUAUCGCGGGUUAUGGGGAAGGCCACGGCUCAACCAUUCGCGUGGAAUCUGUACCCCAUGCCGAUGGGCUUUGCCAUUCCAGCCACAGGAGAGGCGCGCGAUCCCGUGGCUGACUGCGCUAGUCCAUUUUGGGCUCCGCUUGCAUUCUUCCAGGAUUCCAUCUUUCAUUCUUCAUGCGCCUGCCUCUGUCUCCAAUUUCUCUUCACUCUUCGGACCAAAGUAACGGUCCUCGAGAGCAUCAUUUUAGUUACUAUUAGAAUAGAAACGCGACUGCUUUACGCAGGCCGUGAUGUCGCUAAUCCACCGCCGGUUAUUCUCGUCUUAUCUUUAGGUGACCCUCCAACUUCCGCCAUGCCGGCACCAAGAAACAACGGCGUGGGACAUCACCAAUUCUCUUUUUACUCGGUCGCUGGGUCUGAUGGUCCACAAAGGGAGUUUAAAAACCGACAUGCAGCAGGCUCCACCAUCGCGGUGUUGACUCUUUGUCGCCGAUCCACCCGACAUGCCUGGCCAAAGAAUGAAGGCUGUGGACUCAUCAAGAUGCAUUCUGUCUGUAACCUUCUUUCUGCUCUGAUUCGUCAUGUACCUGCCGACCCCUCCCAGGCACGAACCGUCGUCCUCCCAAUGGGCGCCAACGAGCCGCCCAGUGAAUGGCCCAGGCGACAAGAACACUCAAGCUGA